AUGCGUUUCUCUACUCUCGCUGCUGGUUUGCUAUUUGCUGCUACCCAGGUCGCCGCUGUUGGUGAUUUAGGUUUCAACUUGGGUGUUAAGAACAACGACGGUACUUGCAAGAGUACUUCUGAUUAUGAAGCUGAUUUGGAAGUCUUGAAGCCAUACGGUAACGUUGUCAAGGUUUACGCAGUCUCUGAUUGUAAUACUUUACAACAAUUGGCUCCUGCUGUUGAAGCUGCUGGAUUCCGUGCGUUCUUAGGUGUGUGGCCAAAUGAUGACGCCCAUUUUGCAGCUGAAAAGGAGGCAUUGACUACUUAUUUGCCUACUAUCAAGAUUUCUAAUGUCGCUGGUAUUCUUGUUGGCUCUGAGGCUUUGUACCGUGAAGAUUUGACUGCUUCCGAAUUGGCCGACAAGAUUAACAACGUUCGUGACACCGUUAAGGACAUCAAGGAUGCCGAUGGUAACUCUUACUCCAGUAUCCAAGUCGGUACUGUCGACUCUUGGAAUGUUUUGGUUGCCGGUUACAACGCUCCUGCUAUUGAGGCUAGUGACUUUGUCAUGGCCAACGCUUUUUCCUACUGGCAAGGUCAAACUAUGGACAACGCUACUUACUCCUUCUUUGACGAUAUCAUGCAAGCUUUGCAAACUAUCCAAUCUGUCAAGGGUACCACCGACAUCAGUUUCUGGGUCGGUGAAACCGGCUGGCCAACCGAUGGUACUAACUUCGAGGCCGCAUAUCCAGGUGUUGAUAACGCUCAACAAUUCUGGCAAGAAGCUAUUUGCGGUAUGAGAGCCUGGGGUAUUAAUGUUUUGGCCUUCGAAGCUUUUGACGAAGACUGGAAGCCAGACACUUCUGGUAUCUCUGACGUUGAAAAGCACUGGGGUAUCUGGACCUCAGGUAGAACUUUGAAAUACGACAUCGAUUGUAAGUUCGAUUAA